UUUCCUGUCCUUGUUUAGUUUAAUUAUGAUUCCUUUCAGCUGUGUUCUAUUAAUUACCCUAGUAUUUAAGUUCCUGCCUGUUCAGUUCCCCUUUGGUCUGGUCUAGUCGUUACGUUCCUUGUGUCUCAGCCCUGCCUUGUCUUGCCUCUGUAGGGAUGGAUUAAAGCCUGUUUAUUUGAGUUAUUCCUCGUCUCCGUGUUGUUCCUCCCCGCUGUGUGCACUGUGACAGAAGACCAGACCCAAAAACAGUGAGCGGCGCCCAUUAGCCCAUUAUCCCCAUUUUGUUUUCCGUUUGUGAAAGUUUUUUAGUUUUUCCCCCGCGGCAUGGAAGUCGCUGCUCGUCUUUCCGCCCUAGCCCGCAGAGAUUUAUCGUGGGAGUUCGGCGGGAUCUCCGGGAGCACUGCGAGUCCGCCGGCCGCUCAUCAGUCAAGUUCGCCGGCCGCGGCUCUCUCCAGUCCACCGGCUGCGGCUCACUCAAGCCUGCCGGCCGCUACGAAGUCAAGUUUGCCGGCCGUUCCAGAGUCAAGUUUGCGGGCUGCAGCUCGCCCAAGCCCGCCGGCCGCGGCUCACUUCCAGCCCCCUGAGCUCGCUCCUGUGGCGGCUCCAGCCCCUGAGUGCGCUCCAAUGUCAGCUCAAUCCCAUGAAGCCAUGUUUGCAAGUCUUGUCUUGUCCAUAGAGACCCUUCGAAAGCUGGCGACUUCUCUUGUCAUGGCCACGGAGGCCAUUCCCAAGCCGCUUGUGUCUCCAGGUGCCUUUAUGGAGGCGGUUCCUGAGUUUAACCCUGAGAGGGCCCCUGACUCCACGUCCAGCCCAAGGAGGGCUGUUGUGCUCCUGUCAUGCCCAGAGGGCCUCAGAUUCCGAGUCUAGCCCAGAGUGGGCUCCAGUUCCUGAGUUUAGCCCCGAGAGGGCUCCGGUCUCCACGUCAAGCCCAGGGAGAGCUGCUGUCCCCCAUCAGGCCCAGAGAGGGCCUCAGUCCCCGACUCUAGCCCAAGGAGGGCUCCUGUUCCCGAGUUUAGCCCAAUGAGGGCUCCUGUUCCCGAGUUUAGCCCAAGGAGGGCUCCAGUCCCCGGAUCCAGCCCAGAGAGAGCUGCUGUUCCCUCGUCCAGCCCAGGCAGGGCCUCUAGACCCAAGUUUCUCCCUAAGGAUUUUUUUGGGGGGGGCUAUAUGGCUCGGGCCGUAGAGGCCGGGCCGAAGGAUGAGGUCAAGGCCACGGAGGCCGCCCUGCCAUGGCUUCCUGUGCUCCCUGCUCCGCCAUGGCCUCCUGUGCUCCCUGCUCUGCCAUGGCACCCCGAACUGCCUGAUCCGCCGUUGGAUCUUAGGAGGCGCGUGGAUGCGCCUUCAGGGGAGGGGGGUAAUGUCAGUCUUGUGUUUCCCCUCCCUCUUAUGCCCAUAUUUGGUCAUUUUCCUGUCUUUGUUUAGUUUAAUUAUGAUUCCGUUCAGCUGUGUUCUAUUAAUUACCCUUGUAUUUAA